GUGAAACAGUAAAGACUAUCACGGCACGCAAACAACGUCGUUUAGCGAAAACGAACCAUAUCUCCAAGACUGGUAUCAAAGCUGAUGGCUYGCUAAUAUGAGAAAGACGUCUCACAUUCUUGUUGGUUGGAUUUUCCUUGGCCUGGUCCUGACCAAUGUCCAGGCCUCAUGCAGUAAUCAGUACGUCCAGGAAAGUUUUAUCCUUCAAGGUAACCUCCUAGCGUCACUACUUGUCACCAGUCAAGCGCAUUGCGAGAGGAAAUGCAGAGAGAAUUUGAGAUGUUUUAGUAUCAACUACUACAAGAAAGAGAAGAAWUGUCAUCUCAACAAGGCAACGCAUCUUUCAAGACCUCUGCACCUCGUGCAUGACAUGGAAGGGGUUUACAYUAARAUAAAGAAUGAUAAUUGCAGUGAUGCAUACUGCAGUACUGGGCAUAUUUGUUCGAUUGACAGCUCUAAAGACGAUUAUAUCUGCCAAGCCUGCAAUACUCCUCUUGGUUUUGAAUCAGGAACCAUUCCAAACAACAGGAUCUCUGCCUCCUCUUUCUGGRAUGUCGGCCACGAGCCAUGGCGAGGACGACUAAGGACGCAAAACAAAACGCCGUAYAAUUCUGGUGGUAWMGGUUGCUGGGAAGUUAAAAACAAUGUGGCAGGAGAAUAUCUGCAAGUGGACCUUGUUAAUGUUUACCGAUCAAGCCUUCGCUGUUCUACAGCAUCAUUACUGAGGACUGCCUGCAAUACUCCUCUUGGUUUUGAAUCAGGAACCAUUCCAAACAACAGGAUCUCUGCCUCCUCUUUCUGGRAUGUCGGCCACGAGCCAUGGCGAGGACGACUAAGGACGCAAAACAAAACGCCGUAYAAUUCUGGUGGUAWMGGUUGCUGGGAAGUUAAAAACAAUGUGGCAGGAGAAUAUCUGCAAGUGGACCUUGUUAAUGUUUACCGAGUUACCAUGGUAGCGACUCAAGGGAGACCAGGCGUACCGACGAGCAGGGUUUCCUCAUAUAGUCUCUCUUAUGCUCUUAAUAACGAGUCUUUCACUGAUUAUAAGGUUGGCGGAACACUCAAGGUCUUCUCUGGGAACACUGACACUGACACUAUUGUGACGAAUACUCUUCCAGUGGCAAUAAGUUGUCGCUAUAUUCGAAUUGUUGCAGUUACGUUCCCCGGCAGGAUUGCCAUGAGAGCUGAGAUCUACGGUUGYCCUGAAAACUGACACUACGACGUACAGAUAUCAUUUCAAAAUGUGAUCUCAAGAAAAAUUGGCAAUGAAUAUGAACAGUAGUUUAAAUCAGCUAGAUAUGCACCGCACCAGGGAUUUAGGAUUUAGGGUUGGUGACAGGGAUGAUUAGUCACCCCCCCUUUUUGAUCAGUUGAAUGUUUAAUUUAGUUUUGAUCUUGAAAUUCAAUUAAAAAAUCAGUGUUGAUCAGUUGAAUGUUUAGUUUUGAUCUUGAAAUUCAAAUUAGAUUAAAUUAUAUGUGAUCAAAGUCCUGGAUCCACCCCUGAAUUUUACUACUUUGGGGAGAUUGGUUACAUCGUUCACUCGUAGAAGUAUGCAGGCACUUAACCAGUGAGAUGAACCUAUUUUAACAUCAAUUUGGAAUUUGCGYUCGGCAAUUCUGGUUCAAGAGCGGCGACUUGGAUGAGAAACUAUACUGUAAGAUUAUACCAUAAUGACGUUUUACAACUGAUGUUCUUAUAGAGAGAUUCAAUUAGGAAAACUAAAUAAGACAAGUUAAAUACAACGAUAAGCAGACACUCCGUAUAWUAAACGAAAAUACAACGAAUCGCAGUAAUAUAAAUACAAACAAUAAACCUUAAUGAU